AUGAAGUAUCUGCUAGUACGAUCAACAAUUGCUGUUGUUCUACCUCCCCUACCUCCUCUUAUUGAAGAUGUGGAAGAAAGCAUAUUUGUCGAUCUGGAUGAUGAACUAGCUACUGAAGAGCUUCAGCAAACACUAAAUGCAUUGCACAUUUGUAAUCCAAUGCCAAUUAAAGAUUUGUUAGACCUUGAGGAGGAAAGAACAGAGAUAUACCAACAAUUUAAUGAUGAUAACUUUGUUCAAGCUGCUACAGAAAUAGACCACGUAGAAAAUGAAGUCAUUGCACAACCCUUAACCGGAAAAGAACAGUUGGAUAUUCUGCGCAAUGCUCUGCAAAUCGUCGAUGAGAGAAUUGAUGAUGGUGGGGUUACAAUGAAGUCUUUGCGCAAGCUUCAAUCACAUAUUCAUGAGGAGGUUCAAAAAGAAGAGGCUGAAAAACAGGUUCAAUCUACACUGGAUCAAUUUUUUCAAAGGCCUGAAUGA